AGUGGGCGGGGCGCGUGCGCGCGCACCCCCUCGCACCGGCGCGCCCCUCCCGCCGGCUCGUGACUGUUGAUCAGUGGGGGCGGUCUCGCGCACGUUGCCACCCAGCUCUCAAGGCCCUUUGCAGCUCUGCGCCUCGACCCUCUCCCAGAAGCUCUCUGUGGAUUUGGAUUUCUGAGCGCUACCCUACUCCAGCACCUUCGCGGGGGAAACCGCUUCUGAACGGCCUUAAUUUUCUGCAUCCGCAGCGCCUCCCGCCCAUGGCCUUCUCGGGAGCGACCCCAGGCAGGACGCCGCAGGGAUUGGGGUCCCGGGCGGCCUCGGCCAGCUUCCCAUGCCCGACACUAGGGCUUGGCUCCGCGGAGGCCGAGGACGACGAGGAGGAGCCGGCGGAGAUCCAUCUGUGUGUGCUGUGGAAUUCAGGAUACUUGGGCAUUGCUUACUAUGACACUAGUGACUCCACCAUCCACUUCAUGCCAGAUGCCCCAGACCAGGAGAGCCUCAAGCUUCUCCAGAGAGUUCUGGAUGAAAUCAAUCCCCGGUCCAUUGUUACAAGUGCCAAACAAGAUGAGAAUAUGACUCAGUUUCUAGGGGAGCUUGAUUCCCAGGAGCACAGAGAGCCUAAGAGACCUGAAAUCGUAUUUUUGCCAAGCGUGGAUUUUGGUCUGGAGAUAAGCAAACAGCGCCUCCUCUCUGGGAACUAUUCUUUCAUCCCAGAUUCCAUGACCGCCACUGAGAAAAUCCUCUUCCUGUCCUCCAUUAUUCCCUUUGACUGCCUCCUCACGGUUCGAGCACUUGGAGGGCUGCUCAAGUUCCUGGGUCGGAGAAGAAUCGGGGUUGAACUGGAAGACUAUAAUGUCAGCGUCCCCAUACUGGGCUUUAAGAAAUUUGUGUUGACCCAUCUGGUGAGCAUGGAUCAAGACACUUACAGUGUUUUGCAGAUAUUUAAGAGUGAGUCACACCCCUCGGUGUACAAAGUGGCCAGUGGACUGAAGGAGGGGCUCAGCCUCUUUGGAAUCCUCAAUAGAUGCCGCUCUAAGUGGGGAGAGAAGCUGCUCAGGUUAUGGUUCACACGUCCAACUCAGGACCUGGGGGAGCUAAAUUCCCGUCUGGACGUCAUCCAGUUUUUCCUGUUACCCCCAAAUCUGGAGAUGGCUCAGAUGCUGCAUCGGCUGCUGGGUCACAUCAAGAACGUCCCUCUGAUUCUGAAACGCAUGAAGUUGUCCCACACCAAGGUCAGCGACUGGCAGGUUCUCUACAAGACUGUGUACAGUGCCCUGGGCCUGAGGGAUGCCUGCCGCUCCCUGCCCCAGUCCAUCCAGCUCUUUCAGGACAUUGCCCAAGAGUUCUCUGAUGACCUGCACCAUAUUGCCAGCCUCAUUGGGAAAGUGGUGGACUUUGAGGGCAGCCUUGCCGAAAAUCGCUUCACCGUCCUCCCCAACAUAGAUCCUGAAAUUGAUGAGAAAAAGCGAAGGCUGAUGGGACUUCCCAGUUUCCUCACUGAGGUCGCUCGGAAGGAGCUGGAGACUCUGGACUCCCGUAUUCCUUCAUGCAGUGUCAUCUACAUUCCUCUGAUUGGCUUCCUUCUUUCUAUUCCCCGCCUGCCUUCCAUGGUAGAAGCCAGUGACUUUGAGAUCGAGGGACUGGACUUCAUGUUUCUCUCAGAGGAGAAGCUGCACUAUCGUAGUGCUCGAACCAAGGAGCUGGAUGCAUUCCUGGGAGACCUGCACUGCGAAAUCCGGGACCAGGAGACCCUGUUGAUGUACCAGCUGCAGUGCCAGGUGCUGGCGCGGGCAGCCGUCUUGACCCGGGUGUUGGAUCUUGCCUCCCGCCUGGACGUCCUGCUGGCUCUUGCCAGUGCUGCCCGGGAGUAUGGCUACUCAAGACCCCAUUACUCCCCUCAACUCCUUGGGGUACGAAUCCAGAAUGGCAGACAUCCUCUGAUGGAACUCUGUGCCCGAACCUUUGUGCCCAACUCCACAGAAUGUGGUGGGGACAAAGGGAGGGUCAAAGUCAUCACCGGACCCAACUCCUCAGGGAAGAGCAUAUACCUCAAACAGGUAGGUUUGAUCACAUUCAUGGCCCUGGUGGGCAGCUUUGUGCCAGCAGAAGAGGCUGAAAUUGGGGCAGUAGAUGCCAUCUUCACCCGAAUUCAUAGCUGUGAAUCCAUCUCCCUUGGCCUCUCCACCUUUAUGAUCGACCUCAACCAGGUGGCGAAAGCAGUGAACAACGCCACUGAGCGGUCUCUCGUCCUUAUUGAUGAAUUUGGAAAGGGAACCAAUACGGUGGAUGGGCUGGCACUUCUGGCUGCUGUGCUCCGACACUGGCUGGCACUUGGAGCCACGUGCCCCCAGAUCUUUGUGGCCACCAACUUUCUGAGCCUUGUUCAGCUACAGCUGCUGCCACAAGGGCCUCUUGUGCAGUAUUUGACCAUGGAGACCUGUGAGGAUGGGAACGAGCUUGUCUUCUUCUAUCAGGUGUGCAAAGGUGUUGCCAAGGCCAGCCAUGCCUCCCACACAGCUGCCCAGGCUGGGCUUCCUGAAAAACUCAUUGCUCGUGGCAAGGAGGUCUCAGACUUGAUCCGCAGUGGGAAACCCAUCAAGCCUGUCAAGGAGUUGCUAAAGGAAAAUCAGAUGGAAAAUUGCCAGACCUUAGUGAAUAAGUUUCUGAAAUUGGAUUUGGAAGAUCCCAACCUGGACUUGGACAUUUUCAUGCAUCAGGAAGUGCUGCCUGCAGCCAAGUCUGUCCUCUGAGAUCCCUUCCUCUGGCCUCUUCCAAGACCAACCCAACCUCCCAGGACCCCAGUGGGCUGCCACGCCCUCUUUGUUGCCUUACCUCUUUCACACUCAGAGUUCUGUUUCCCUGGAUAUUUUGUUCAAUAGUAAGAAUAAAGUUUAUUUUGAGA